AGCUCUGUUCUCCUCUGCCCUUUAUGUGCCCUUCUCCAACUUCGUUUGACAAUUGUAGGCCUUCUUUACAAAUGGUUCUUCCCUAGCCUCCAUUCCUCUUGGAGCUCUUCUGGAGGGUUAGGAUUUAGGAGGUGUGGAUACAUGUAUAUUACCAUUUUUCGGCUCCCAGUUUCAGUGAAUCGGCGUUCCUCACUCUUUAUACCGCCAUUUUCUGACUUAAUCUUCGUAUGAUUGAGACAGCAUUUGCGUGUCAAUCAGUCACCGAGAGCUGUACUCAUCUGUUUUACCAGUGAUUGUUUCUUCUGAACCUUCUUUUGGUUGCGAUUACUAAUAUUUUUCAAAGAUUUAGGGUUUAUUUGAAUCUCAUACUUUGGACAAAUAGUAAUAACAAGGAAAGAAAGAAAGCACAGAAUUUAUUGGGAGCAGAAUCUUUUCAUUUUUAGCUCAUUUUACUCAUAAACUACGCUAGAAGUUACUGGAUUAUCGUCUUCAAGAAUGGACAAGAAAAAGGUGGCGGUACCGCUUGUUUGCCACGGCCAUUCCCGGCCUGUAGUGGAUCUCUUUUACAGUCCUGUUACGCCCGAUGGGUUCUUCGUUAUCAGUGCAAGCAAGGAUUCUAGUCCUAUGCUCAGAAAUGGAGAGACUGGAGAUUGGAUUGGAACAUUUGAAGGGCAUAAAGGUGCGGUAUGGAGUUGCUGCUUGGAUACAAAUGCUUUACGGGCUGCCACUGCCUCUGCUGAUUUCUCAUCAAAAGUUUGGGAUGCAUUAACGGGAGAUGAAUUGCACUCAUUUGAACAUAAGCACAUUGUUCGCGCAUGUGCCUUUUCUGAGGAUACGCACCUUUUACUUACUGGGGGAUUAGAGAAAGUUCUCCGAAUCUAUGACCUGAAUCGUCCUGAUGCACCGCCCAGGGAAGUUGAGAAGUCCCCGGGUUCAGUCAGGACAGCUACAUGGCUUCAUAAUGACCGGACAAUAUUAAGUUCUUGUACUGAUAUGGGAGGUGUCAGGCUAUGGGAUAUAAGAAGUGGUCAGAUAGUUCAGACACUUGAGACCAAGUCAUCUGUGACCAGUACUGAAGUGAGUCGGGAUGGUCGUUACAUUGUAACUGCGGAUGGCUCUACUGUUAAAUUUUGGGAUGCAAAUUACUAUGAGCUGGUGAAGAGUUAUGAUAUGCCUUGCACCGUUGAAUCAGCUUCGUUGGAACCUAAGUGCGGGAAUAAAUUUGCUGCUGGGGGAGAAGAUAUGUGGGUUCGUGUUUUUGAUUUCCAUACUGGCCAUGAGAUUGCAUGCAACAAGGGCCACCAUGGUCCUGUGCACUGUGUCCGUUUUUCUCCUGGGGGAGAAUCAUAUGCCUCAGGAUCGGAGGACGGAACCAUAAGAAUAUGGCAAACUGUCCCUUUGACAUAUGAUGAAUCGGCGUCUAUAUCUGCAAAUGGAUCAGUUGCAAAUGUGAAGGUUAAUGCAGACGAGGUUUCACGCGAGAUUGAGGGUUUGCAUGUUGCGGAUGAGGGGAAAUCCAAAGAAAAGGAAGAGGCUGGGGAGGAAUAAGUGAUCCGAAUAAGGACGGUCCUUUUGACUGGCAGGCUUAUCAUAUCAUAGACAAGUGCCAACUUCUAGGCAGGUUUGGUAAGCUGAAUUCUGUAAAUUUUUGUUUACAUCAGUCAGUUACUGAAUCAAGUGACAUUGUUCCAUCCGGUUUGCAAUAUGCUCGGCGGUUUUCACAUUUAACUUUUCUAUUGGGGUUUCUGGCGUAUGGGGAAUAACCUAGUAUUCCAAUUGUUAAAAAUUAAUAACAUGGUAAUGGCUUGAAUAUU